CCAUCCCAUGGUUUUCAUGGACGCCUCCUAUAAAGGCAUUACAGCCUAUGGCUAUGCCUUUUACGCACUGCUGUUGAUCAAUAAAACUGGAAGAGGUGUACCAUUUGCAUAUUUUAUCAUGAGCAAGGAAUCAAGUGAAACACUAAGCCUUUGCAUACAGGAGCUUCAGCGAAGCAAUCCUAGCUUUUAUCCAAGGUCCGUAAUGAUUUUUCCAGAUGCAAAGGUUCUCCUUUGUUGGUUCCAUGUGCUUCAGGCUGUUAAUAGAUGGCUUGUGAAGACUGAUGGAGGGCACUUGACAGCUGACCAGAGAAAUGUGGUCAUACAUGCCAUAGUGUCCAUGAAAGCAUGCCUAAGGGAAGAAGAAUUUCUGAGUGUGUCUGCUAAAAAGUGCAGCAAGAUUGACACCUAUUUUGGUAGUACACAUGUGACAACCUACCUAAAGACCCAUUGGUUCCCUUAUGCUGAGCUGUGGGUUAAUUUUGGCAGAACAUUCUUUCACUGUAGCAGUGAGACCAACAACAAGGCAGAGAGAUUCUUCCUUACACUGAAGUUUCUACGGGGCCAGGCCAACAAGAGAGUUGACCAACUUCUACAUUUGCUGUGUGGAGAUAUGCAGAAGUAUUACAGUUACAUGGAUGACCUCACAGAAGCUGGAAGGCUGAAAGUGGACACUUCCGCUGCUGCUAAGGAAGCUGCAGUCAUGUUUGAAAAGGGUCUUGGCUCAAACUUAAAUAUCCUCCAACCUCAAGAGCUACCCACACACUCAGAAAACACAGUACAGCCACAAAAGCCUGAAGCUGAACAGAAACCGUCUAUACAUGCCAUGUUGACAGACCUACUAGAGUGGUGCAAUUCAGAUAGUUUCAAGCCAAGCCAUGACCUGUAUAAGACUGUACAAAGAGCACACAAGCUGGCUUUCAGCAACUUCACCAGUGUGUCCAAAAAAAAGAAAAUUGUGGCUUUACAUGCAUAUAGACAACAAAUGAAAAGAACAAAGCAUGAGAACUUCCAACUAAAAAAAAGAACAAGGAUACACAACAGACUCCACUCAAAGGACUGAUUUUAUUGAACAUGUCCAGCGAUGAGCGGAUCUCGUCUCCUGCCGAUGGAUGAAGGCAGGGGCGGGGAGCCUACCCCCCACGACGAGUGGUGGCGGUGGCUGAAGGAAGAUGGUGUGGAAGGCAGACCAUGC